AUGUCGAGCAUCAUGUCCCAGCCCCAGAUGGACGUCCGGUCCGUGGGCAGCUGUGUCGCCGCAGUUGUGGCCGCAUAUCAUGAUGCUGCGAAGCUGGUCAAACGUAUCCAGUCGACCGCCUCUACUACGGCUGCAUCGCCUGCCACUGCUGCCGCUACGUCUCCAGGCUCGCCGGUGACGGAAGAAACGAGCAAUAGCACAGCUCUAGCAGACCUAGGCGACUCGCUCAUGCUGGGUCCGCCGAUUGUACAGGGCCAGUAUGAAGAGAACCUGAUGCGGCUGGGCAAUGCAUACGCCAACGGCGACCAGAACGCUCGCGAGACGCUCAAGGAUGUGGUCAUCAACCUACAACUGACGUUGCUGGCGACCUUGCGCAUGGCGCUGCUGGAUAACCUGGAGCUCGACUUUGAGGCCCUCCAGCGUGCUUCGGACGAGAGCAGAGUGAGUGCGCUGGUCUGUCUGUUCCAGCUCGGCCAGCGUCUCAGCCUGGGAAGCCCGUCUAUGCAUCCAAAGAUACCUCUGGCCGCCAGUACAUCGCCGACUCGGCCAGCUGCUCUCAGUGACCCCGGCAGCAGCAGCGGUCCCUUCGCUAGGCCUUCUUCCUCAGCAACAGACUCAAUGAAACCUCCUCCCAUCCCUCCCAUGUCCCCUUCACGGGCUGCCUCAAACUCGAUAUCGUCUGCAGAUCUAGGCAACCGAAUUUCGCGAGAGAGCGGCUACACCAACCCUCGUCCACCCAGCAGCAUCAACCCCGUCUCACCACCUCUAAAGCCGCAACCGAACUACCCUCUUCCUAAACCUCCUUAUAGUCCCAGCCAGCGUGUCAAGACACCGCCUGCGCGCCUGGCCGAGUUGCAAGGCUCACAGCCCAUGAUAAGGGAGGAGUCAAACAAGUCUGCAAGCAUAUACAGUGUGCUUUCGUCCAACAACUCUAGCACCAAGGGCGUCGAACCGCCAAUGGACCGGUACAGGUCAAACCCAAGCAGCGGCGACCCUCACAUAGAGCCAGACCAGAGUGCCGUCGAGCUGAGUGCCGGCAUCUUCUCUCGCACCUCAUCAUCCCGAUCAAGCUCCAAUGACCCUCGAAAGGCUCCCCAUCCGGGCACGGAAAAGGUCAUUUCUCACCUGUCUUCCUCACCGGGUACGAAGACCCUACCUAUGUUUAAAUGGAAGCCCUUUAGCCGCUCGACAGGUAGCCCUUCCUCGAGUAAAAACAAAGGCGCAGACCAGCCCAACCCCCCUCCGCCGGACCUGUACCUCCCCACAGAAGAAAACAACUACGCGGGAUUCUGUAAGGGGGCCUGGCGUCUGCAAUACAGCAUGAAGAACUCGUUCCGUAUCGACAACCGCCCUGUCGGAAUGUACAUGCUUCAAAGCUCAUGGCACUGUUCCAAAUGCUCCUUUGAAGGAAUAGUGCAAGAAUCCAAAUUCAGCGGGAAAGCUCCUGUCUUAUCGUCCAUGCUUGGACCUGUCAAAACAUGCAUCAUCCAGGGUAUGCGUGUCCUCCAGAUGUUUGACCAGACGGUCCAUCUGCAUGGACCAAGCGGGAACAGAUACAGAUGGAUCUUCCUGGCUAAGUCGCAUGUUGAGUGCAAACCCUCUAAGCCAACUGAGAAGGCAGUCUGUGGCUUCGGGUGCAUUUUCUGCAGUUCGCAGAACCAUGGGCCGGCUCCGAUAUAUGGCAAUUUAGACACCUUUAUGGAACAUCUGCGGGAGCAUGGAGGGAGAGGGUACGCCUGGGACAGGAAGAAGCCGAGCCAGCCCCUUUUGGACUGGACGAGGUGCAUUCUUGGGCGUAUUGCUGAUGACUCGGAGGAUUUCGAUAUUAAUAUACCCACGGUUGCGGAAGUUGGAGGUUAG